AGGCCUGUUUUUGGUAAGAUUCGUAUUUUGUUAAACUGUGGUCGAAAGCACUAUCCUAGAAGCGAAAAUUUUCCUAGGUUUUUAGCAAGAGUACUUUGCUGUGAUAGAAGAUUGUUACAACACUUUGCGCGUGCGCUACGUUUUCCUUCAAAGUCGUUUUCAUGAUUCAAAUUUACAUUUAAACUAAGUGAACACGAGGACUACCAAAAAUGCCGUCUGGAAAGAAGAAGUAUUCGUGUGGCCUCGGUAAGGCCAUCAAUAAUGCCCAAAAGAAGGCAGCCGAACUGAAUGCUGCCUUUCACGGAAAGCGGACCUUUCUUGAGGGACAGGAGCAUGGCGUUUCUUGUCUGGAGUCCACAAACUUGGAUGAUUUCCUAGCGAAGGCAGAACUGGCAAAUCAAGAAUUCCAAGCGAUUCGUGGUCGCUUUUCUAUUGUGGAAAAAAGCGUCGUAAGCCAACGCGAGAAAGCAUUGGGCAUGGCCAGAAAACUCGCUGAAAUUAAGGGUAAUAAAUGUUACUUGUUCUGAUCAUAUGAAGCACGUGUUGAAAAAGACGAUGCAGGGCAAAAUGAUGACAAAUUUGAAUAGAAAUCCAACGCAGACAUUCUGCAUGAUGAUUUCCUUUCACGAGCUUUUUAACCCUGAGCCCUUUGUUGCAAAGACAGGUUUUACAAGACAUGUAUGUUCAUCUUCAUGAGAGCUUGCUUCCCUCAUGAACUCUGAAUUUCAUUUUAUCAAUACAAAAUGAGCAGGUGUAAUCAUUCCGAUCCCUCGCCGACCCGUGUGGCGUCCCGGUAUCGAUGGUGAGCGAUUGCAAGAGAUGGAACACGACGCUUUCCUGACUUGGCGUAAAAAACUCGCACUCCUGGAGGAGGCGCACGGAUAUGUUAUGACUCCUUUCGAACGGAACUUGGAUUUUUGGCGGCAGCUGUGGCGUGUCGUUGAAAAAUCCGAUCUAGUAUGCACAAUUUGCGACUGCCGAGACCCGCUUUUCUACCGCAGUUUAGAUUUGGAGCGCUACGCGCGUGAGAUGGGCGGCGCAUUGGAAGAAAGGAAUGCGCAGCUAGGGGAGGACGCGACACCGAGCACAGGGGUGGAGGAAGACGGUUCUACAUCGGAAGCAGGUGGCGAAGAUGAGAGUGUCGCUGAAGAAACUGAGAACGGAGGUGAGAGCAAGGAUGGCGAGGAUUCGUGGUUUGCUUCUCUGAAUGCGAACCUAGUGCAGGCAGAGGAAAGUAGGCGCUAUCAGUAUUCGAGCAAAACUAUGGCGUCAUUGGAUCGUGUCAGCGAGAAGCGGACACUUCUAAUUCUGAAUAAAGCAGAUUACAUGCCAGCUCCCCUGCGACGGGCUUGGAAAGCCCAUUUCGAGGCAGAAGGCACCGAUGUGGUCUUCUUUUCUGCAAAGUACGAGCUGGGCAAGCUUGGAAUCGACAUUGACUUACCGACUGAAGUUUUGAACAAAGAUGACGAAGCAGAAGAGGCUGGCGCAGGAGCCGAUGCAAAACCGCGGCGUCGUGCAGUUAAGGAUGUCCGGUCUGGAACGCAAAUUCAGGGUUUGAAUGCGUCCAAAGCUGACGAUAAAUUGCGUCGUAAAGGACCAAAACACUGCGCUGCGCCAGAAAUCGUGCCAGUCGUUGCAGUGCAGCCAAAGUCAGUGACCAAGCCGCGUUCUGUCUUUCUGGCUAUUAGUGGCUCGGACGAGGAGAGCGAUGACGACGAGGACGAAAAAGAGUCCGAUGCUGAAAGCAAGAACGCUGACGAGCAGGCGGUCACCUCGACUCCAGGUAAGAGCAGCACAGCGUCGGAAAAUGCAGACGAUCCCUCUCCUACCCACGCAAGUGAAACGACCGAAGAUGUUACUGCGAAGACGUCUGUUGAUGAGUCUGACUCUACCUCUGCACAUCCGAGAGUUCCGGAGUCUGCACUGGAUGGCGGUGAUAUUCUGGAUUGCGAUGGCUUGGUCCAGUAUCUGCGGUCUCGACUUCCCAAAGAAACGCGCGACGCGAACCGUCCCGUGGUCGGUUUCUGUGGGUACCCCAAUGUCGGUAAGAGUUCGAUUAUCAACGCUCUAUUUGGAACCAAGAAGGUUUCCAUGUCUCGACAACCGGGUAAGACAAAGCACUUCCAGACUCUAGAAGGCGAAAAUUUCACUCUUUGCGACUGUCCUGGUCUGGUGUUCCCUAGUAUCGUGACUACAAAGGCCCACUUGGUGAUCAACUCAGUAAUGCCGAUUGAUCAAUUGCGAUCGGAAUAUAUGCAACCAGUAAAUCUGAUCUUGGAGAAGAUGGGCACAAAGCGGCUUUACGAGCACUACAAGUGUGAACCACUGCAGCUGCGAACGGAUCCGGGAAUGCGCUUUCUCUCAAGUUUCGCGACGAACCGCCGUCACUUCUUGCGCGACCUAGUUCCGGACACGACAUGGGCAGCGUCCCGAGUCUUGAAGGACUACACCACAGGAGUGCUGCUGCACUGUGAGCAACCGCCCAUGAGUGCCGCCAUGAAAGCCUUGCCGUCGAACGGAGAGGGCGCUGGCACGACAGCAGCAUCAGCGGAAGAAGAAAGCAGAAUACUUGGUGCAAUCGCUGAAGAGUCUAGAAGUAAUGAGCGACUCCUUCCAGGUGAGACCGACGAUGAAGCCGAGAAGCAGGAGCCUGCCAGUAGCGACUUACACGAGGUAGAUGAGGAGACGGAAGAGAAGAAAUAUGACGCGACACGAGAUGUGAAAGCAUAUGAUGCAUUUGAUGACUGGCAGCCGGCAUCACUCGCGGAGAUGCUAGCAGGCCAAGCAGCACCUGUAAAGACGAAGCGAGCACUUAGGCGGGAGGCUAAAUCUGCGCUCAAAGGGGACGUGCGGGCUAGAAAAGAGGUCUUUUUCACAUCAUCAUGAUCCUGCAUUCAAAAGCACUCUGUGUAUUGAACCUGUCGCGCAACGGCAGUGAAUAAGAUUCUAUCUUCUACUGAACCCCGGAUUAGUAAUUGCACACGAACUUGUACUUUCCUUGACAUGAAAUUUGGUACUGACAACAAAAAAAAUAGGUCAACAAUGUGGGGACAGGAAUAGGUUCUAUAACUUCAAUUAUGCGAGGGAAUUGUGUUUUUCACCUAGAACGAGUACUAGGUGCGUAGGACAAAGAUCGCACUGUCCCCGGAAAUAAUAACUUUCAUAAUGCUUUGCUAGCAG